UUUUCUUUUUAUUCAAAGCAAUAGACACAAUUAUAUUUGAAUAAUUUGAAUAUCAAGAUGCAUUUUCAAAUCAUUCUUUCGAUUUUUCUCAUCUGUGGAUAUUCACAGAUUAAUGCAAAACCACUUGAUGAUAGAGAAUUUGCAGAAAAACUUCUUAACAUUGCUGAAGACGCAACAAAUUUAGCGCACCGUUUAGAAGCACGAUUGGAAAAGUGUGAGGCAAUAUCUUUACCACCCACGACUCCUGACCCAACGCGACCACCUACAACUCCAGAACCUACACGACCACCUCCAUCUAUGGAACCUACAACCCCUGAACCAACUCGUCCUCCUGCGACUUCCAGAAAUUUACAACCACUUUUUCUAUUCGAUGAAAGUCGUAAUUCGAUUGUAUCUCCUCUAGGUGACUGAUGAUGAAGUAAGUCAUCGAGCAUAGUAUUUUUACGAUGAAAAACAAAAUUCAAAAUAGUGAAUUUAUAAUAAUAAAAUUUAACUUGCAAAAAA